UUAGUAUAUACUUCGAUGCGUUGACGGCACGACACCGCGUAUUGCAAAAAAGUGCAGUUGCUUACAACUGGAUUAAUUUGUUAACAAUACUUCAUUAGUGAUUUCAGGAAAUACCUAACAAAUAAACAUUCAUUCCCCAAUAGUGAAAUAGACCAAUAAUAUGUCGACUACACGUUUAUUAUCUCCACUCCAUUUUUACAGCUACAGUAAUGGUUUUAACCUGCGCCAAUCGAGCCGUACGUCAUUCGGCAGGCACAAGUCAACUGUGGGGUUUUUGUGGUUUACAGCAUCUCAAAAACAAAUUUGUCGCACGAUGGCGAGUCAAGCACAGCCUACGUUGACUUUGGAUAAUUUAAACCCUAAUGUCAAGCUUAUGGAAUAUGCGGUCCGAGGACCACUCGUUAUUAGGGCAGGAGAGAUAGAAAAAGAACUAGAAAAGGGUGUGAAGAAACCGUUUACGGAAGUCAUAAAAGCAAAUAUUGGUGAUUGCCAUGCCAUGGGACAAGUACCUAUUACCUUCAUACGACAGAUCCUGGCGUUGGUCACGUAUCCAAAACUUCUCGACGAUCCGAGCUUUCCAGACGAUACAAAGAAAAGGGCAAGACAGAUUUUGUCAGGAUGCCGAGGCGGGUCAGUAGGAUCAUAUACGGAUUCCCCCGGGAUAGAAAUAAUUCGCAGACACGUGGCAGAAUACAUAGAGAGGAGGGAUGGAAUUCCCUCUGAUUGGCAGAAUAUUAUUAUAAGUGCUGGAGCAAGUGAUGCAAUAAAGAACGUUUUGAAACUCCUUAUAUGCAGCGUUAACGGCAAGAAACCAGGAGUUAUGGUUCCCAUUCCCCAAUAUCCCCUGUAUUCGGCGUCUUUAGCUGAAUUUAAUAUGCACCAGAUCGGGUAUUUCCUAGACGAGUCUCGUAAGUGGGGAUUGGACAUUGCCGAAUUACAGAGAGCGAUUAACGAAGCUAGGAAAGUAAGCAACCCGCGAGCUAUUGUUGUAAUAAAUCCUGGAAAUCCCACGGGACAAGUCUUGUCGAGAGACAACAUCGAAGAGAUAAUUAAAUUUGCAUAUAAGGAGAAACUAUUCCUGUUUGCUGACGAAGUAUAUCAAGACAACAUAUACGCGGAAGGCUCCAAGUUCCAUUCCUUUAAAAAGGUAUUGACAGAAAUGGGCGAACCAUACAGUAACAUGGAACUGGCCAGCUUUAUGUCCUGUUCAAAAGGGUAUAUGGGUGAAUGCGGUCUUCGGGGAGGUUACGCUGAAGUCAUUAACAUGGACCCAAAAGUGAAAGCCAUGUACUUAAAGGCCAUCAGUGCCAUGUUGUGUCCAACGGUUCUUGGUCAAGCCUGUUUGGAUACAGUUAUGAAUGUACCUACUAAAGGUGAACCCAGCUAUGAUCUAUAUAUAAAAGAAAAGACUGAUGUUUUGAGCUCUCUAAAGUUAAGAGCUAAAAUGGUAGCUGAGACAUUUAACUCGAUCGAGGGAUUUAGUUGUAAUCCAGUGCAGGGCGCGAUGUAUGCUUUCCCUCAAAUGAAGUUACCGCCAAAGGCAAUCGAAGCAGCUAAAAAAGCUGGUAAAGAGCCCGAUGCAUUUUACGCCUUCGAAUUAUUGGAGGCAACCGGCAUUUGCAUCGUUCCCGGUUCUGGAUUUGGACAGCAACCAGGAACGUACCACUUCCGUACAACAAUUUUGCCACAACCCGACAAACUAAAGGCUAUGCUUGAUAAAUUUGCAGAAUUCCACGCCAUAUUCCUUCAAAAGUACAAGUAAUGAUAGUAACGAAGAUAACUGAAUUAAGCUACUACUAGAAACAAAAGAUAAAAUCUGAGAUUAAGCACGUACUAUGAAUUGUUUGUUAUAAAAGAAACGCAGUUGUUUAGAUCCUGAAAAUUCAGCAUAUAUUCCACAAAUAAAAUCAAAGUUAUUGUUGUUA